AUGGCAACGAUAAAUUGCAACAACAGAAAACUUUUAUUGUUGUUAUUGUUGCAAUGGAUCACUUUAUUGAACUACUAUCCAUCUUGUCAUGGCCAAGAAGUAUUCGAUAUAGAACGUUUGCAAAGCGAUAACAUUCAACAUGUUGUUAUUCAUCAAGUUAAUGGCGAUGUCUAUGUUGGGGCUACUAAUACUAUUGUUAAAUUAACAGCUAAUUUAACAUGGCAAUCCAAUAGUACAACUGGCCCACAGAUGGAUAAUCCCCUAUGCUUACCGGACACCAAUUGCAAUCAUCCUCGAAAAUUAACCGACAAUAUCAAUAAAUUACUCUUAAUUAAUUAUCAAGGCAAUUCAUUAAUCACUUGUGGUAGUGUUUUCUUGGGAAGAUGCCAAUUACGUGAUUUGAAAACAUUAGCCAAUCGACAAGAACCAACCAUCUCGGUUGCAUCCAAUGAUCCUAAUGCUACGACGUAUGGAUUUAUUGGAGCAGGACCUGAUCACGAAAAUGUUCUCUAUGUCGGCGCUACACAUACACAACAUGGUGGAGGCGAUUGGUAUAAAGUUGUUCUUGCUGUUAGUACACGCCGAUUAAAGCAUAUUUCAGUUACUGAAGUCGCCCUAUCGGUCUACGAUAAUACAAAUUCCCAAUUUAAUUAUGAUGAUCCCAACUACUAUAUCGAUUAUCAUUAUGGAUUUAUUAGCGGCAGCUAUAGUUAUUUCUUAACUGUACAAAAAGGCGUUGUCAUUAAUGGAUUUAACUCCGUCAUCGAUCAACGCUAUGAAAGUCGAGUUGUACGAUUAUGUUCAGCGGAUGCUACUUAUACAUCUUACGUCGAGACACCAUUAAAAUGCCUAGGAAGAAAUAAUAUCAAUUAUAAUUUACUUCAAGCAGCCUAUACCAUUAAGCCAGGAUCGUCUUUGGCUACAUCGCUAGGUAUCACUACAAGAGAGGAUAUCAUAAUUGGUGUCUUUGCAGCAUCGACAACGCCAUCCUCUAAAAUACCCUCUACUUCUUCAGCUGUUUGUAUUUUUACAAUUGCUCAAGUGAAUAAAGUCUUAAGAGAUACGAUUCGAAAUUGUUUAGCUGGUGGAAUAUCAAGGGGUUUACCUUGGGAUACAAAAGGAGCUGGUAGUAAGAAAUGUACCAAAGUUGAUUUGAAUACUGUUCCUGAAUGCAGUCGACGCUACCUGAGUAAUCCUCGUAUUGGAGGCAACAUCUCUGUCACAACAACAGCAGUUCGCGAAUAUUCUAAUCGACUUUUAACGUCGAUUGUUGCUUUCUCAGCUGAUUCAACAACAUUGGCUUUUAUUGGAACUAGUGAUGGUGAUAUAGUUAAGUUAUCAAUCAAUUCCAAAAGUAUUGCAACUCAAUAUUUCGAGGAGCAUGUCGCCCAAUUACCAAUCAAUUCGCUAGCAUUCGCGAAAGAUUCAGGAAAAUACUAUGCUGCAACUUCAAAAACCGUCCAUCGCUUGCCGUUAGAGAAAUGCCAGCAAUAUCUUGACUGCAAUCAAUGUAUACUAUCAGCAGAUCCAUUAUGUGGCUGGUGUGUAUUUGAUAAUCGAUGUUCCAGAAAGUCUUCAUGUGUUAAGAAUACUUAUUGGCUCGGACGAGGAGAUACAAGCCGUUGUAUUAACAUUACAAGUAUAAGCCCAUCAUCUGUUUCUAUCGAGAGUCAAGCUACAGUUUCUAUUAAAAUGCUCAACUUAAAUUCUUUACCAAUACUUUCCUACACUUGCUCUUAUGGGUCAAAUUAUGGCGAAUAUACUGCAUCAUUGCUACCAGGGAGUUCUGAUACAUUGCAAUGUCUAACACCACGCUAUGUUGCUCUAUCCAAUGCUGUACCUGUUCAUGGCUACAAGAAUAUCCCAUUAUCCGUUAGUGUUAAUUUAGCUAACUCAGUCAAACGUAUUACUAUCGCAAACCGAGUAAUUCAAUUUUAUAACUGUACAUCAUAUCAAUCAUCAUGUGCCACUUGUACAACAUCUCCUUUCAACUGUGUUUGGUGCUUGUAUGAUUAUACUUGCAAUUCGAAUGCCAAUACAUGCUCUACGGUUUCAAUCGGUCGAAAUUCUGCAUGGCGAAGUAGUAUUUGUCCAGUUAUUCAAGCAUCUAAAAUCUCCCUUCCCCUCAAUAUACGACGAGAAAUUAUUAUUUCUGUUAUGUUUUACGAUUGCCAAUUCCGAAGUUCCGACUGUGGUCUAUGCUUGUCAUUUCGCUAUGAAGGUGGAUCAGAAUGUGGCUGGUGCCAAGGAGCAACUUCCAUGUGUUCAACCCGAGAUCAGUGCAGUUCUAACAAUCGAUGGAUAGGUUACCGUUGUCCUAAUCCGACCAUUACUAGUAUAUCGCCAUCUUAUGGACCACUAGAAGGAGGCACGCCAAUUACAAUUAAAGGAAUAAAUUUAGGAUCGCGCUUUAGUGAUGUUACCCACAUUACUGUUGGAAGAAUAAAAUGUCAAACUAUUCCUAAUAAUUACAAAAUCUCUCAUCAGAUUGUCUGCAUUACGGGAAAUAGUAGUAAUAAUUUAUCGUCAAGAAUUCACUUGGAUGUAUUUGGAAUAACCAUUAGUAGCCAAGAAAACUUUCACUACUUGAAUCCAAUCGUUAAACAAAUCUUUCCUAUUCGUGGACCAAAAUCAGGUGGCUCCGUCCUUACUAUUAUGGGCAACAAUCUCAAUGUGGGUAAUAAUGUUGUGGUGACUGCAGCUGGAAUUCCAUGCAAGCUCUUAUGGAGAAAUGAAUCUAAGAUAGAAUGUAUUACAAGUCGCCUAUCUCAAAUCAUAGCAACUCCAAGCAAAGGAAAUCGGAUGGCACCUUUAGCGGCGGGAUCUGUAGUCAUUUCUUAUGAUGGUAAAGCACAUCGGAAAAGCUCCGAAAGCUUUGUGUACACCAAUGAUCCAACCUUUACCGAUUUAAAUCCACCGAGAACUAUUCAGAGCGGCGGAUUGACUAUCAAGAUUACAGGCUCAAACUUUAAUUCUAUCGUCAAACCAGUCAUGUUUGUCAUAUUAUGGCUUAAAAGCGGCAAUAGAACAGUCUAUAGCGACUCGGUAUGCGAUAAUUCCAUUCCAACUGGAGCUACUAUGUACUGUAAAUCGCCCAAUAUUUCGCCUUAUGUUAAUCGCUCAACUCUUAGCUCUCAAGAGAUUAAAGCUAAUAUCGGAUUUAUCAUGGAUGGAGUCAAGUCUAUGGAACGCUUGUAUGUUGCUCAAAGGAAGGAAAGUGCUAUUGCUCUGUCACCUGAUCCAGUCAUUUUCAAAUUCGGAAGGAAUCCACACAAGCACGAAGGAAAAAUACUUGCUAUUAAUGGUUCUAAUUUAAUUGAAGCUGCAACGCGUAGCGAUUAUCGAGUUCAUAUUGGUAAUCAUGAAUGCCAAGUAUAUACCGUAAAAGAAAAAGCAAUCUUGUGCGAAUUACCAGUAAAUAAAAUUAGCACAAGAGCCGGAGAAGAUUAUCCAAAUGUUCACGUUUCAAUUGGUAACUUGAAAUUUCAUGUCGGUCGCUUACGUUACGAAGUAAAAGAAUUUCCAGUUAUCCCAUUGACCAUAGGAAGUAUUGCUGGAGGAGCUGUUUUGAUCAUCGUUACUAUUUUAGUGAUAAUUUAUCAUCGUCGUAAGGUCAAAAGUAACAAGGAACAUGUGCUGAAUAUUAGGCAAAAGUACGAUGAAAUGGGCCAAACUUUAGCUGGAGAGUGUCGUCGAGCCUUUACUGAACUACAAACUGGAAUGUGCGAUUUAGCCAAUGAUCUAGAUGUUAGUGGAGCUCCUCAGCAUCCAUUUAGAGUCUACAUCCAUAAAAUGCUCUUUCCUAAUGUUAAGCAUGGCGAAAUGCAUCCAGUUUUUGCACCUAUUAGCGUCAGAGGAAGUAGGAAAUCACGCCUUGAAGAUAGCCUAUCAUCAUUUCUAGAUCUGCUUCUACGCGAUAAAUUUUUAAUCACUUUUAUCGCUACGUUAGAAAAGCAACCAGAUUUUAAACCCAAAGAUAAAUGCAAUAUAGCAUCGUUCUUAAUUGUUGCAUUGCACGAAAAUAUGGACUAUGUUACCAAAGUUUUGAUGAAAUUAUUAAUAGAAAUGAUACGAAAAUUACCACCUAAAGGCCAACCUCAACUCUUUCUUAAGAGAAAUGACUCCAUUACUGAAAAGUUACUUUCCAAUUGGUUAGCUCUAUGCUUAUACCAAUAUUCUAAUAAACGUUUUGGUCAGCCAUUGUACUUACUUUAUCACGCUAUUAAGCAACAAAUCUCUAAGGGUCCAGUGGAUCAAAAAACUGGCGAAGCACGUUAUUGCUUAAGUGAAGAAAAACUUCUUCGUGAACAAGUAGACGAGACUGAAAUUUCAGUUAUGGCAUCCAUUGGUGAUGGACAACAAAUUAGUUUGAAGUUAUUCGAUUGUGAUACAAUUACGCAAGCUAAAGAAAAAAUAUUAGAUGCUAUUUAUAUUAAUCAGCCAUAUAGCGCGCGACCCAGUGUUGCAGAAUUUGAAUUAGAAGCUGUUACAGUACGACAUGGUCAACCACCAUAUCGAUUGCCAAUGUUUGAUGAAGACAGUAGUAAUGAAGUUUAUGAAAAUGGAUGGUAUAAACUUAACACUAUCGGCCAUUACAAAAUUACGGACAACACAACUUUAAAAUUGCAUCGUGUCUAUAAUCGUAAUUCUGACACCUUUUCUAUAUCAACAACUUAUCAAUAUACUCGUCCAUCGCGUAAUCAGCUCCAUGCUCGCUAUAAUAAUGUUUCCAAUCAAGUUACUCUUGGUGGCAAUAAAGAAAAUCUUUCUCAACCAUUGCCUAAUCAAGUUCGUGAGAAAGCAUUCCAUUUAAUGAAGCAUAGCGAUUCUAAUACCACAAAUGAGCGUAUCCUUCCAGAAGCUUUCUUAAUGUGUCUACUAUUGACCAAGGGAACUCUACAACAGUAUACUCAAGAUCUUUUUGAGUCGUUAUUCACUUUGCCCCAUCAUUCCAAUACAUUUCCACUAGCAAUUAAGUAUCUAUUCGAUUUUCUAAACAGCCAAGCUAGCCAAAUGCAAUUUAAUGAUCCAGCUGUGGUUAAAUCGUGGAAAAACAAUACACUCCCAUUACGAUAUUACAUCAAUAUUAUUCGCAAUCCGCAGUUCUUAUUUGAUAUUGACAAAUCGCCAAUUGUAGAUUCAUGCCUGUCAGUAAUUUCCCAAGCUUUCGGUGAUGCUUGCUCAGUAUCGGACACUAAAGUCAGCAAAGAUUCUCCUUCUAAUCGACUACUCUAUGCUCGUGAAAUACCAAGAUAUAGGGAUAAAGUAGCAGAAUUUUAUAAAUCUAUUCAAAAUUUACCAACCGUUUCUGAGAAAGAGAUGAUGAAAGAAAUGAAAUUAUUGUCUGAAACAUUGAAAGAUGAUCUAGACAAGUCAUCGGCAUUACUACAAUUAUAUGAUUAUGCCUAUAGCAAUAUUAAAGCUUUCGAAGACAACUUACGAAAUGCUAACUUAGUCCAUUUGUUUGAUGUGUUUGUGAAUAGAGUGGUUAAUGGGCUACAAGAAGAUUCCACAUGUUAG